CCGCCAGGUGAGAGGCUGCAGGUGGAGGGAGCGAAGCCUCAGGACUUGAAUUUUAACCAGAUGAAAUUAACUGGAAAAGAAAAAAAAAAUCUGAGGAAGUAACUGUAACUAUCUGUGAGUGAAGAUGAUUGCGAACGCUGACCAGAGCAGUGUGCCAAAAGAUCCCCCCAAAAGUCUUGAGCCACUUUCAGCAGACUUGGUUACAGACUCUCAAAAGGUUGCUUGCCUACAGGUGCAGGGGGAUGAAGCAUUGAAGAAGGGGAAUUACCAGGAGGCGGUGCACAGCUAUUCCCAGGCUCUCAUGCUGGAUCCAAAGAAUUGUGAGCUACUUUCCUGCCGGGCAGUGGCAUUUAUCCAGAUGAAACAGUAUGAGGAUGCCAGAGUGGAUGGAGAAGCCCUGAUCCAAAUCCAGCCCGAGUUUCCACAGAAUUAUUACUUGUUGUCUCUGGCGAAUGGGUGUCUUGGCAAUCUCCAGAAGGCCUUCUGGUCUAUGCUUCGUUGUCUAGACCUUGAUCCAAUGCAUCAGAAUGACCUGGUGAAAGAACUUUACAAGAUCACCAAUAAACUAUGUAACACUGAAAUAGAGGACAAUUACUUUGAUGACAAAGGACUGGAUGAGGUGCUUCUGGAGAUUGGGAGCCUGCUCUGUGAGGCAUCAUUGCACGAUCUCUGCAUACAGGUGGUCAGCUCAGCCGUCCAGCUUUAUCAGUCUACAAUGAGCGAUUCAAUCAGAAUGCAGUUCUACAUGAUCCAUGCCACUUCCUAUUCAGCAAUCAAUGAAAUGGACAUGACCAAAACAGCCUAUGAAAACUGUCUGAAAUUAGCACUGAAGCUGAGCAGCAUUGAAGAAAUAGUCAAGUGUUACGAAGGCCUGGCAGAGGUACACAGGGAAAUUGGACAUCCUGAAGAAGCCAUCCAGUACCUCCUUGAACUGCUAGCAAUCGGGGAACACAGUGAACAGCAACCAAGUAAUCAGCAGUCCUCAUACGAAAGGCAGCCUCUAUCCACAAGCCGCAGAGAAUUCUGGAGUUCAGAGAGAGUAAAGGCUGCCUACUUGAACCUGAGUGAAGCCUAUUGUCUUAUUCAUCAGUACCAGAAAGCAUUGACUUUUGGGAAGAAGUACCUGGAGCAUAUAAUAGGGGGACCGCUUAGUAGCUGCAGUCACGAUAUUACAUCUGCUUAUUAUCAGGUUGCAAAACUCCAGGAGAAGUUGGGGCUUUACAGUGACUCAGUGAACAGCUACCAGCAAUACUGUGAUUUAAACAAGGUACUGGGCAACAGCACUGCAGCAGCUGAGGCCCAUGGAGCAAUAGGUUCAGUCCAUGUAGCACUGGGUAACUAUGAACUGGCAAUGAUGCAUGCCCACAAGAGCUUCAACAUGUCUAGAGCUGGAGCAGACCGCAAACUUCAACUAGCAGCAGUCAUUAGGCUUGGGGACAUUAACAGUAUCAUGGAGAAUUUUGAAGAGGCAUCAAGUUGGUAUGAACAAGCAUGGGAUCACAACCGGAUGGGAGAUGCACCCAAACUGAGGUGUCAGACUGCUCUGGGUUUAGCGGAGGUUUACAAAGGAACAGGUCACCAUCAGCAUGCCUUGUACUUCUAUGAGCAGGCACUGGAGGCUGCCGAGGAGGUAAAUGAAGGUGAGCUGAUGUACAAGUGUAAAUUUAAGAUUGCAUGUUGCUGCCAGUUCUCCUACUCUGCAAAGGAUCUUGCGAAAGGUUGCAAAGCCGUUAAUGAUGUGAUACCACAUUAUCACUGGCUCAGUAGGAAAGCCAUUGUGGAAGGCAUCGUGCAACCCGAGGAAAUUACUCGUGUUCUUGUGGAGAGCUAUGAUGUGAUCCAGACAAUUCUUGUGAAAAUAGGUGAGCACGUCAAGGCACUGCAGUAUGCAGAGGCAGGGAGGAGGCACAGAUUUCUAACGUACGCAUUAAUGGAAGAGGAACAGUCAGCAUGGAAUAAUUCUGAGGAUCAGUCUUUGCCAUCAUCCAUCCCAAGCUUGGAGAAGCUCUACAGCAUCGUGGAUGCCACCUCUGGAUCUGUGCUGUACUACUCGUUGGUGAAAACGGGCCUGUUAGUCUGGAUGCUGAAGGCAAAGCAAGGUCUGGUUUACUUCCAUGCCACCGACGGUGCUGUGUCAGAAGCUGUCCACAAGCAGAUCUGCCAGUUCCUCCUGUUACUGAAGAACAGGUCCCUGCUUUAUGAGACUGAAGCCAGGAACAUCCCCAUACGGCUGAAGAAAACCAUGAGUGACAAACCAUACAAGAGCCCAUGGACUUCCCACUUGUCCUGCAAGGAUUCAAGGGCAACAUGUGGGCUGCCGGAGGACGGGAUGGAGACUGAGCUCUGGCAACAGAUGUACCUGCUUUUGUUGGGACCUCUCAAUGAGUUGCUGGAUGAUGUGCAAGAAGGCAGCGACAUUCUGAUUGUACCUGACCAAUAUCUCAUCCAGAUUCCCUUCGCAAACCUACCAGACGCGAAGAAUAAGACACUGGGAGAGAGGUUUUGGGUUACCCUUGCACCAUCCCUGUUUGCAGUGGAAGUUGUGGCUAAUUUGACGGAAGAUUUUAAGCAUAAAAUAGAAAGUAGAUUACCAUUGGAUGUGAAAUCAGGGCAUGUUCCAACAAUGACUAUGCUGCAACAUAUGGGCGGUUCUCAGCAGGAACUUCAUGGUUUGCAGAAGGUUGGACUCUUGGACUCUGUGAGUCACCUGGUUCACUGUACAUCCACCAACACGCUUGUUGCCAGCUCGCCAUACGUCAUUCUUCCAUUCAAGCAGGCAAGUAUCAGGACUGACGCUGUGUUGUUGGCUUCAGGCUGCUUCUGGCCGUUAACCCUGUCAAGUAUUGUUCAUUGCUGA